CGCCGCUCUAAGCUGUUUUCAAUUAGCAUGCAAUUUGCAAAUUGCUUUUCACGAAUAAAUAAAGGUAUUUAAUCGGACUUGUGUUGGUCUAGUGGCCACGGAGGCGGCAUGCUGUUGGGCGAAUACGACACGACCCGGCGACUCCUGUUUAUCGUGGCCGUUCUGCUGAUCGUCCUGUAUGCGAAGACUUAUUUGUUGCCCGGCGUAGAUCUGGACUACCAGUAG